AUGCGCAAAAGUUUAUUACCAAAAUCAUGGCAAAAUUGGAAUAAUGUCAAUGAUGAUGCAGAUAAUCGAUCGCUGAAGAGAGAUGGAAUCUAUCAAGAAAUUACGAGACGCCGUUCGUCGUAUAGGAGUGGUACUUCAACAGCACCGUCCACGAAUAGUGGGCCUCCACUGCGACGUACAGAAACAACUGUCAAACUAAGAAAAGUUGCUGUUGGCGGACGUAGAGUCUUUGUCAAUUUACCAUUACCAAAAUACGAAUUAAAUAAGAAAGACCUGCCAAAACAAACUUAUGCAUCGAAUAGAAUCAGAACAUCGAAAUAUACAGUCAUUACUUUUGUACCAAAGAAUUUAUUUGAACAAUUUAGACGACCUGCCAACUUGUAUUUUUUAAUCAUGGCCAUUAUUUCAAUGUUGCCCCAGUUUAACGUCGGUUCACCUGCAUUGGCAUUAUUACCUAUUUGCUGUGUUGUCGUUAUCACAGCAAUUAAAGAUGCAAUCGAAGAUCUUCAAAGACACAAAGUGGAUGAGCAAUAUAAUCAGAAUGUCACUCAUACUUUGAAGGGCUAUCGAAACACUAAUUACCCUGGAUCAUCACAACAGACAAAUUGCUUGCCUUGGUUCAGUAAGAAGGAGCCAGUUCCACCUCCUGCCACCAUCAAUGCAAAUAGCAAAGCAGAUGUAUUCCAGAAAUCGUUAUCGAAAGAUGUUCGAGUGGGUGAUUUUAUCUUGCUGAGAAAUGGUGAUAGUCUGCCUGCUGAUGCAAUUAUUCUAUCAACAUCGGAUAAAGACGGCAUUUGUUUUGUUGAAACCAAAGAUCUUGAUGGCGAAACGAACUUAAAGCCUCGUAAAAGUAUGGAAGAAUACAAGCAUGUUCAAUCUGGUGCCGAUUGUUUGAAUGAUUGUCACUUUUACGUGGAAGCAGGUCCUCCGUCUGCUGAUCUAUAUAACUUUGAGGGAACACUUGUGACUCUGGAACAGAGCGAAGGAAGCGAUAAAUGGAAUACCAAAAAUAAGUCGCCUGUGUCUAUAGAUAAUAUGUUACUGCGUGGACAUGUUAUCAGAAACACGAAAUGGAUCAUUGCUGUUGUGUUAUUUACGGGCACAGACACCAAAAUCAUGCUUAACUCUGGCGAAACUCCCAGUAAAAGAAGUACAGUGGAUAUUCAAAUGAAUACUCAGAUCUUUAUUGCUUUUAUUAUUCUGUUUAUAUUGUGUCUCGUUUGUGCUAUUAUGUGCGGCGUAAUGAGAGCACGGUUUAUGUCACGGCCAGCUACGUCCAUAUUCAACCCACAAACAGGUUCUCCUGGUUACGUGGGCUUCAUGAACUUUUGGUCCAGCUUGAUUAUUUUUCAAAAUAUCAUUCCUAUUUCUCUUUAUGUCUCUAUUGAAUUCGUGAAAACUUUUCAGGCUUUCUUCAUUUGGAACGAUAUAGAUAUGUGGGAUAAGGAUUCCAAAAAGACCUGUGUACCGAAAACGUGGACAUUAUCCGAUGACCUUGGACAGGUAGAAUACAUUUUCUCUGAUAAGACAGGCACAUUGACGAGAAAUGUAAUGGAAUUCCGAGAAUGCACCAUUGGUGGCAAAAGAUAUGGGGAUAAUGGCUUUUCUCCUGAAUCAGAAGGCGCGCGUGGUGCACGUCUUAGAAAAGAAAAAGAGGAAGCAAAGCAAAACCAGAAUACGUCCGAUGAAGAAAAUCAAACACCCAGCACAGUUCCAACUGAUCCCCAUGAUACACCAUUGCUGAAUAUAGAUGAAGAUCCACUGUCUAGUAACGACGAAAAGCAGGCAGAUGAGAAAAAUAAGCAAAGACGAAAUGAAAUUAUGGACGAUUAUGAGGACACUGUCAAAAAACUUUUCCAUCCAAAAUACUCCUCAAUGGAUCCUGAUCGACUUUCCUUCGCGGAUCCUCAGUUGUUUAAAGAUAUAAAAUCAGCAGAUAUUAAUACCAACGUUUCAGACAAGCAGUCUGAAACGAUCAAAGAAUUCUUCAUGCUAUUGUCAUUGUGUCAUUCUGUUGUUAUUGAAAGAAUUGGCGAGGAUGGUAAAGUCAUCGAAGAAGAAGAAGAAGAUGAUGACAAAGACGCUGGUGAAGGAGGGGACCAGCCAAAGAUCGAUGAUGAUGAUGAUGAUGCAGUUGAGGACAUACGCGCGCCUACUGCUGGUAAUACUAUCAAAAGCGGUUUGAAGAGCACGUUUAAUGCUUCUUCUGCUAGCAUAAACAAAAGCUUCGCUAAAGUCCGUGAUGGUAGCAAUAAGUUACUUCAAGUGCCUGGUUUCAAUUCUUUGAAGAAAAAUAGUAAUAAUACUAAUGAUACUGCCGGUAAUAGCAACAAAAAAAACGAGCUACACCGUACUAAAACACGUGGAAGUGAAUUUUCAGCAAUCACUGACGAAGGAGAUAACUCUAACAAAUUUGACAAAACUGUACAAGAAAUGAUCAGAUAUAAAGCCGAAUCACCAGAUGAAGCAGCACUUGUAGCUGCUGCGAAGGAUGCAGGAUUUACCUUUAUCAAAAAGAAAGGAAAAACGUUGACCGUCGAUAUUUUAGGCAAGGAAUAUGAGUUUGAGUUAUUGGAAAUGUUAGAGUUCAAUUCAGAUAGGAAGCGUAUGAGUGUCAUUUUACGCAGACCUGCUCCUUGGAACGAUAUAAUUUUAUACUGCAAAGGUGCCGAUAACGUGAUUGCUGAACGUCUCGAUAAACAGCAAGAAGGCAAUAUAUACGAUGAAACCAUGGAACAUGUUAACACAUUUUCAGAGAAUGGUUUACGUACCUUGCUUCUAGCUUAUCGGGUGCUUAACGAGGAUGAAUUCGAAAAAUGGCAGGACGAAAUGAAUGAAGCUAGUACUUCGUCAGAAAACAGAGCAGAAAACGUAGCAGAAGUUCAAGAGCAUAUUGAAAAGGAUCUUAAAUUGAUUGGUGCCACAGCUAUUGAAGACAAGUUGCAAGAAGGUGUGCCUCAAUGCAUUGAAGGUCUGCGUAAUGCUGGUAUCAAGAUUUGGGUGCUGACUGGUGAUAAGCUUGAAACAGCUAUUAAUAUCGGCUAUGCCAGUAAUUUAUUGGACGCUGAAAUGAAACUAAGGGUUGUUCGUGGUAGCGAUAAUGCAGACAAAGUGUUCCAGAGCCUUGUUGAUACACUUGACGGUAUGCUAAAAUAUGAGGAACGACAACAAGAAGGCGAUGAAGACGCACCUCCUAGAGAAAAUGCAUUGGUUAUUGAAGGCUCCGCUCUUACUCAUAUCUUUGAAUCAUCCGAACCCAAAGAAAAGUUGAUUGAGAUUGCAACUCGUUGUAAAAGCGUUGUUUGCUGUCGUGUUAGUCCUCUUCAAAAAGCAUUCGUGGUUGAGCUUGUUCGUAAAUACCAUAAAGUUGUUACCCUCGCUGUAGGCGAUGGUGCUAACGAUGUCAGUAUGAUUCAAGUCGCAAACGUUGGUGUUGGUAUUGCAGGUCAAGAAGGUGUCCAGGCUUCUAUGGCUGCCGAUUACGCUAUUUCACAAUUCCGUUUCUUACACAAGUUGCUACUGGUUCAAGGUCACUGGAGUUAUCAUCGUGUUUCUGAAAUGAUUCUCAACUUUUUCUACAAAAAUAUCUUCUGGGUUUUCCCCUCAUUAUGGUAUCAGAUUUACAGUGCAUGGUCUGGUAACCUUUUCUAUGACUAUUCCUUCAUUCAGUUGUACAAUAUUAUUUUCACAGUGGCCCCGGCGGUCAUCAUCGGCUGUACUGAUCAGGAUCUCAUCGCCCCCUAUUUAAAACACUUGCCGGCUAUUUAUACCAUUCGCGGAAAGUUAUAUACCAAGUUUAGAUUCUGGCUCUACUUCUUCGAUGGUGUUUGGCAGUCAGUUGUAGUCUUCUUUGCUUUUUACUUCACUUGGAUUGGAGCAGAUCCUAAUUCUAAUGGUCACUCAGAAUCUAUGCUUCAGCUCUCCACAUCAGUCGCUGUUACUAAUAUCACCCUGGCCAACUUGAUGCCUGGUUUUAACACCUACUAUUGGACUUGGUGGCAAUUUACAUUUAUUGGUAUUGAAAUUCUACUUGUCUACCUCUGGGUGGUUAUUUAUGGCGCGUUUACUACGGCAGAAAUUUAUGGCAUGGCCACGAUGGUGUUUGGGCAAGGGUAUUUUUGGUUAACUUAUGCAUUGGCAAUCGUUGUUGCCUUGCUUCCACGCUAUAUCGUAACAUUCAUUUACCAGUGGUGGUUUCCGAAUGUUGUUGCGAAAGGUCGGCAUUUGGCUCUGUUCGAAAAGCGAGUUCGUAAACAACGAGCAAAGCAGCAGCAAAAAUCGGGUCCGAAUCCAUAA